AUGCCCCUACCUUCAAGUCGCAUGACAAAACAGCCCGCGAAGCCGGUGCGAUACUUUCCAGGCAAAGCCUAUGCCGAAGAUCCAAUCGAGGACGAAGAAUCCGACGAAGAAGAGGAAGCGGAGGAUGAGCAACCACCGCCUAAAGCACCGGCACCUAAAGCAACUUCAUUUCCGAAGCGACCGAUAGUCAGUAGCAGCAUAUCGAAUGAUCAACCUUUACCAAAAGCACGAGAUACCAAGCCCGACGUCGACCUUGAGGGAUUUGAGACAGCUUCAGAAUCGUCACAAGAUGAAAGAGGCGAGGGGAGCAGCUCAGAAGAAGAGGAGAGCUCAGAAGAGGAGGACAGUGAUUCAGACGAUGAGCCGAAGAAGCCUAUGCUAGCGCCCAAGUUCAUAUCAAAAGCCAAACGCGCGCAACAGCAGAAUUCUAGUACACUAUCUGCGGAGCAGCAAGCGGCAGAGGAGGAGCGCAAACGCAAAGAGAAGGCCGACGAGCUUCUCCAAGCACAAAUAGAGAGGGAUGCGGCGGCGCGCAGAGCUGGGAAGAAGUACUGGGACGACGACGAUGUAGUGGAGGGUGAAGUGGACGAUACCGACGACGUAGAUCCUGAAGCAGAGAAAGCGGCUUGGAAACUAAGGGAGCUCAAACGCGUGCAAAGAGACCGCCAAGCCCUUAUCGCAAAGGAGAAGGAGCGCGAAGAGGUUGAGCGCAGACGCAACCUGACUGCUGAGGAGCGCGAGGCAGAAGAUCGCGAAUAUCUCGAGAAGCAAGCCGAGGAGCGCGAAGGCAAAGGCAAAAUGGCCUUCAUGCAAAAGUACCAUCACAAAGGUGCCUUCUUUCAGUCUGAGGACCAAGACGAGGAGGUCAAAGCAGCUCUCAAUCGCGACAUUGCCGGGAGAAAGUUUGUCGACGAUGCAGGCGACAAGGCUGUGCUGCCUGAGUAUAUGCGGAUUCGUGACAUGACUCGACUGGGCAAAAAGGGCCGAACGAAGUACCAAGACUUGAAGAACGAAGACACCGGCAAAUGGGGAGAGUUUGGAAGCAAAAAGCGAGACUUCGACGGCCUCGAUGAGCGUUUCAAGCCCGACGAGAGGGGCGGCGGUGGUAGUGAGAGGACAGGGGCGAACGCCGCUCCGGUUGCAGAGAGGAGACGGCGGGACGACGAAUCUGGGCGUGAUGAGAAGAGGCCUCGAUAUGACUGA